CUCCUUGAGGAUGGGGUGCAACUGAAUCAUUCCUUCCCUCCCUCUUUCUCCUCUUUCUCCUUUUCUCUCUCCCUCCUUCUCAUUCUCCUUUCGUUCUUUAUUCUCUCUCUCUCUCUUUCAUUCAUUCUUUCUUUUUGUCCCCUGUUUCUCUCAUUCUCUCUUUCAUUCUCUUCUUUCUCCUAGCCCUCUUUCCCAUUCUUUCAUUCUCUCUCUUUCCCCUUCAUUCUUUCUCCCCUCCCUUUCUCAUUCUUUCAUUCCCUCUCCUUUCUUUCCCUUUCUCCUUUCCUCUUCCUCUCAUUCUUUCCUUUUCUCCCUCAUUCUUCCUUUUCCCUCCUGCCUUUUUCUCUCGUUCGCUGAUUCUUUCCUUCUUCCUCCCUUCCUCUCUUUCAUUCUUUCUCUCCUCCCUCCCUCUCCCUUUCAUUCUUUCUCUUCUCUCGCCCUCAUUCUCUCUCUCUUUCUCCCCUCUUCCUCUCAUUCUCUUUCUCCUUUCCCCUCUUCUUCUUCCUUCCCUCCCUCUUCCUCUCAUUCUUUCCUUUUCCCUCCGGCCUUUUUCUCUCAUUCUCUCAUUCUUUCCCUCUUCCUCCCUCUUUCUCAUUCUCUUUCAUCCUUUCAUUUCUCCCCCUCCUUCCUCUUUCGUUCUUUCUCCUCUCUCUCUCUCUUGUUCCUGGCUUAGGGAAAUUCUCCUCUCUGGAAAGGAUGUGAAAAGUUUGCGUGCCAAGCUUCGAAAGAGGGGGUUGUGCGUGGGACAACCGACCCUCGCUCUUUACACACCCUCCCCUUUUACACACGCACACACACACACAGAGCCGGCCCCUUUGCGUGCUGGCUUGCGCACCCCCUCCUUCUCCCUCCCGCAGGCGGGCGUUCCUCGCAAGCGGCUCCUGCGGGCUUUGGGCUGAGCCCACGGAGGGGGCGUCCGCGGCUUCUCCCCCACCCACCCAUUUGGGGGUCCCUCCUGCAGCCCCCGGGCAGCCAUGGCGGUGGGGCUGGCUCUGCUGGGGCUGCUGCUGGGGCUCCUGGGGCUCCUGGGGCUGCUGCUGGGCGCCCACGGGCGGGCCGACCUGGCUUUCGUGGGCCGGGCGCUGGCGCUGGGCGGGCGGCUGGCACUGCUGAGCCGGGGCAGCGUGGCCCAGCGCUGGGGGCGGCUGGCAGCGGCGGCGGGGUCCGGCCGGCCCUUCCUGCGCUUCGAGGGCCGCAGCUUCAGCUACGGGCAGGCGGAGCGCGAGAGCAACCGGCUGGGCCAGGCGCUGCGGGCGGCGGGGCUGGGCGGGCGGACGGCGGCGCUGCUGGCGGGCAACGAGCCUUUCUUCAUCUGGGCUUGGAUCGGGCUGGCCAAGCUGGGCGCCCGGCCCGCCUUCCUGGGCACCGCGCUGCGCCCCGCCGCCCUCCUCCACUGCCUGCGCGCCUGCGGGGCCCGGGCUCUCCUGGCCACCCACGAACUCUUCGGAGCCGUGGAGCCCAUCCUCCCCAGCCUGAAAGAGAUGGGCAUUGGGGUCUGGGUGAUGGGGAAGGGGCCCUAUCCACCGGGCGUGAUCAGCCUGCAGGAUCUCCUGGAGGAAGCCUCCGAAGAGCCCCUGCCUUACGAGCUCUCCACUCCCCGCCACCUGAUGGACACCUGCCUCUACAUCUUCACUUCCGGCACGACAGGCCUCCCCAAGGCCGCCCGUGUCAGCCACUUGAAGACCAUCCUCUGCCUGGGAUUUUACAAGCUGGUGGGGGCCUGCAGCUCCGAUGUCAUCUACCUGACCCUGCCCUUGUAUCACAUGUCUGGCAGCCUUUUGGGGAUCCUGGGCACAUUUGGGCUGGGGGCCACCUGCGUACUGAAGAAAAAAUUCUCAGCCAGCCAGUUUUGGCCGGACUGUCGGACUCAUGGGGUGACCAUCUUCCAAUAUAUUGGAGAGCUUUGCCGCUACCUGGUCAACCAGCCACAGAGCCCGGCCGAUCGGGAGCAUUCCUUGCGCAUGGCCAUGGGCAGCGGGAUGCGCCCGGAUGUUUGGCGCGAAUUCCUCCACCGAUUCGGAAACAUCAAAGUGGUAGAGACCUACGGCAUGACCGAAGGGAACGUCACCCUCUUCAACUACACCAGCACUGUGGGAGCCGUGGGGCGCGGCUCCUGGAUUUAUAAGUGCUUCAGUCCCUUCGAAUUGGUUCGUUUCGACGCUGUCCAAGGCGGUCCACUAAGAGACGAAGCUGCCGGCCGGUGCCAGCGCGUGGACAUAGGGGAACCGGGACUCCUGAUUUCUCCGGUGACGUUUCGUAACCCCUUCCUCGGAUACGCAGGCGGACGCGAGCUGACCGAGGCGAAGAUGCUCCGCGACGUCUUCUCCAAAGGGGACGUUUAUUUUAACUCUGGGGACUUGAUGGUGCAAGACGCCGAAGGGUUUAUCAGCUUUUGGGACCGUACGGGAGACACCUACCGUUGGAAAGGCGAAAAUGUGGCCACCACAGAAGUCGGGGAGACGCUGAGCACGUUGGCGAGUUUGCGGGAAGUCACGGUUUACGGUGUGACCGUCCCAGGACAUGACGGCCGGGCAGGGAUGGCCACCUUGGUGCUACAGCCGGAUGCAAACUUUGACGGCCCUCAAAUCUACCAUCACGUGGCCGAGCUCCUUCCUCCGUACGCCUGGCCUCGCUUCCUGCGUCUCCAGGAGCAGUUGGAGAUGACGGAAACCUUCAAGCAGAAACGGUUCCGCCUCGUGGAGGAAGGAUUUGACCCCGGCCGGAUCUCAGAUCCCCUUUUUGUACUGGACGUUACCGCGAGGACCUAUGUCCCUCUCACUCCGGACGUCUGGACGAAGAUCGCCGCGGGAGAGCUACGUCUCUGACCGACGCUGUCCAAGCACCGGGAAAAAACUGACUCGAGGAGUGGGCUUAGCCGUGCCCAAACCACCCCCUUCUCCUCGGCCUGGUGCGUUACAGGUAGUCCUCGACAUACGACCGCAACGGAGGCAGGAAUUGAGGCUGUUUGCUGAGACGGGCCACUGCGCACAUCAAAUGUAUUCAAUUACGACGCCUGUCAAGUUGAAGACUCUCGUCCCUUCCUUAACGGAACUGAUUUUAUGACAUUUUUCAUGGCUGUCAUUAAAACGAACUCUGCGGUCAUUAAGUGAGACCUUGUCCACAAGGGGUGUUUGGGGAGUGGGGGCAGAAACCGGAAUUUAAACCUCGGUUUCUGGUUAAAAAGGCAAAUCGGGAGGCUGCUAAUGGUUUUUAAGUGCGGUCGCUGGCGCAGAGGGCGGGGUGGGGCGGUUAUAACUUUGAAAUUGAAUCUUAAACUUAGGUCGUAAAUUGGGAUACUAAGCCUCGUAAUUCGAGGUCUGCCCGUAUUCCUUCCUGAACCUUCUACCUCCACUGUCACACAAACCAGACUAAGCGUCGUUCUUGUCAUGCGACUGAUUUUUACAAUUUGGGGCUGGAUUCUCCACUUUUUCUAAUUUCUUUUUCUACGAGGUCUUUAAAAAUUGACGCGUCUUCCUUUACGUCUGACCUCCCCCCCAUUGCCCCCCCCUGCAAAACAAACACCCUCUGGGCUGGUUGGAUUUUCUCUCCGGAGGCUGGGAAACCCCCCCCCCAUUUUAGGGGAGGGGGUAUCCCCAAAGCUGGGGGAGAACCUUUGCAACCCUAAUUUCCUCUGUUUUUAUUUUAUUAUAUUAAAUUCCUAAUUGGGAGGUUCGGAUCCAGCUUUGGGGGACCGGACAGAUUUUAGAUUUUUUUAUAUAUAUAUAUGUGUUGUAUAGUCAGAUUUGUUGGCGCUGAGAUUAGACCCGUUUUAAAGACUGGGAAAACUGAGGCCCAGAUAGGAGUCGUAAUAAGUUAAAGAGGGUAAAGAGGGGGGGCUGUUUUUUUUGUUUUUUUAUUUAGGGAUGUGUGUCAUGAUUUUGUAUUUAAUCCACUUGUCUAAUUCGGGGGUGUAGAUUUCUUAACCGUGGUCUAUUGACCCUUAGUAGCUAUGCAAAAGUCAGGAAGGACUGACGUAACCAGCAUUUUUUUUGGCACCUUGGAUACUAAAGCAACCCCCAUUAUCUCCCUCCGCCCCAAACCAAGCCAUCGGUGGCCUACCUCGCAAGGCCAGUUCCCCUCACCCCCCCCUCCUCCUGCCUUACAAUCUUGCUGGUCAGGCUGGAUAAAUUUAUCCAGAGUUGCUCACCAUGAUGGCUCGGAGGGGGUGAAUCGUUUUUUUUAUUCCACGCGGGGGAAUUCCGACCUUUUAAACCAGCCAUCGUGUCUGUUUCAAAGUUGGAGUUUUUUUAAAAAAAAUAUUUUAUUUUGGGGUGUUUUGAUGGGAUAAGAAAACUUUCCACAGUUUGGCUCUUGUUCUUGAGGGCGAGAAGGCGCUGGCUGGGGGAUUCUGGGAGUUGAAGUCUCUUAAAGUUGUCCAGUUUAAGUUAACACUGUUCUAGAUGUUCACCUAUUCACCUAAGUGCAUUUUACUAUUAAAUGGUCAAAUUAA